AGACGAUGGGUGGCGCUACCUCAUGAUUAAUCUGACUACAGUAACCACAACAGUGUUUGUGUUCUUUAUUCGUUAGAGCAAAGUCAAGUGGGUGGUACUGUAACGGAGAACAAAAAAGAUGAAGACAUACUGCAACAACAUCCCAAGGAUAAAUAUCCAUUAACUGGGAUAUAGGGAAUAAAGUUAACAAUGGGUAUUUUAAACACAGAUAACCUGAAGAUAAGAUCGCAUGGGAUGAUUUAAUUUUAAGACUUGUUGUAUUUGGUUAAACAGAAGUCAAAGAUUCACUACUUAUCACCGGACCACCAAGUUCUCCGAGAUUACCAAGAACAUAAAGGCGCGGUGCGUAAAAUCACUGCGCGUUUGAAGAGGACACUGCCUUUUAUUUUUUUAUUGUUUUUUUAUUUUUUAUUUUUUUAUUUUUUUUUUUUUUUUUUAGGGUGAAACAUAAAAAAUAAAAAUAAAAAUUGUGGAUGGGUUGGAUGGAAACUUGUCGUGGAACAUGUGUUGAGAUAAUAAUAAUUUUAUUUACCGAAUAUUCUCUCAAAUUUCAUUCUGCUACUGGAUGAUGAAUAAAACGGGGUGAUCUGAAACAACAGGCAGUCACUGAUUCACGAUGACCAACGUUAAAAUGAGUCCCAUCUUUGGCGGGACGAAGGGUCAUGCAAAGCAAAAGGAGUUCUUGUGCGUGGAGCGUCCCUCCCCCGAAGGCGCUGGCUCUUCAGCAAAUGAUUCCCAUGCAGCACCUUGGACAGGGCUCGCUCCUUCCAGCGCGGGCUCACUCUCUGCAUCCCUCACUAACUCUCUCCUACGGUCAAAAUGGUCCAAGGAAUCGUUAAAUGGUUACCCUGAAUACAGCUCCAUUAAGUCUAGGACGAAAAGGGAUAUGUUAUUCGACACGGGACAUUUAUGUAAAAAGUGCAUCUCUCAUUUCAAUGUCUUCAAAAGAGAAGCGUUGAAACACGUAAUUGACGGAGAGGCUUCUACCAAAGAUCCCAACUUCUCCAUUCAUCUCUAUGAGAGCAUGAAAGCACCUGCUAGUGCUGUAGAAGCCUGGGGCAACGUGGAGGGACGAUGUAACGUCUGCUCCACUGACUUCAGCCAGCUAAAGCAGGAGGCCAUCCGCACGAUACUCACCCAGGACCGGGCCAUAUGGGCCACUCCUACCACUGCCAAUAUCUCAUCCACAAGCCUGGACACAGGCUCACAAACGCUCCCCAGAACCUCAAGCCAUCAUUCUACUGUCCCAAAGUCCCAUCAGAGGCCCGGCAAUGUGGCACCAGAUUGCUGGGUUAAAGAACGUCAAAAGCUGGAGGCCCUGUGGCCCCUGUCCUCAAGCAAUGGAGUCAGUACAGUCUCUCAUAAGGAGGGUGAGAAGGACAGCAUGUCCUCUAAAGAAGUAUGCAGCUACAGCACCUCACAGCCAUCCAGAGCAUCAAGUAUGUCCUCCCUAAUCCCUGCAGGGACCUCUGCUGCCUUGUCUUUUGUUACCAGGGCAGUACAAAAGCUAAACGGAAUGGUUAGGAGAGGGAGGCAUUGCUCAGAGAGUGGUGCUUCCCAACACCCAACAAACUUCAGUAGUUUUCUGCAGAAGUCUCCCCCUUUGGUUCCAGCUAAUCUUUUGCAGUCAGCUAUUAAAAGCAAGGAAUCACCUGGGAUGGGGAAGGUCAAAGUGAUGCUGCGAGUCUGUUCGGUUCCUGUGUCAAACCCCUCCCGGUCCCACACUUUUAAACUGGACUUGCACAAGAAUCAGAUCACAGUGCUGGAUCCAGCCUCCCACAUCCCUCAGAGACAGGCAGCUGGCACUGCAGUCCCCCCAAAGACCUUCACAUUUGAUGCUGCCUUUGGCCCUGAUGCAACCCAGGCUGAAGUUUGUGAGAGCAGCUUGUGUGAGUUGCUUCAGUGUGUGGUCGCCGGGGUCGAUGGUUGCAUCCUAAGCUUUGGACAAACCAAAGUGGGAAUGUCAUACACAAUGAUCGGCCAAGAUGGGUGUGCCCAAAGCCUUGGAGUCAUCCCUUGUGCUAUCUCUUGGCUUUUCAAGCUCAUUAACAGGAAGAAAGACAAGACCUGGGCAAACAUCUCAGUUUCGGUGUCAGCUGUAGAGGUCUGUGGGGAAAACAAUGCCAUCAGGGAUUUACUCUCUGGUGUUGACACAGGCAACUGCAAGGAUACCAAUAAGGCAGAUGCUUACAUUAAAGAGGACCCCAUCUAUGGAAUAAAGCUUUGCAACCACAGUGUGCUAAAUGCUCCAACUCCAGAAAGAGCAGCGUUCCUACUUGAUGCAGCUCUUGCAUCUCGCAGCAGUGAGAUGGUGGACAGUGGAGGGACACCACUGCACAGUUGUCACAUGUUCUUCACCCUGCAUGUCCGCCAACAGCACAUAGGGAGUAGCACCAAAUCCGGGAUGAAAGUGGACCAAAGCAAGCUGAGCCUGAUCGAUUUAGGGAGCUGUGUUGGGGAGAGGGACGUAAGCAAUUGUGGAAUCUGCCUCGCUGACCUUGGAAACAUAAUCAUAGCUAAGCUAAACAGACAUAACCAUAUCCCUAAUAGGGGAAGUUACUUAGCCAUGCUCCUGCAAGACUCUCUGAACAAUAUCAACUGCUCCACCACAAUUAUUGCCCAUAUAUCGACCUCAUACCAAGACCUCACAGAAAGCCUCUGUACAAUGCAGACUGUGUAUCGAAUCCGAAGGCUGCAAAAAAAGACCAAGAAUUCUUCCUCAAGCUCACCCGGAGGAAGAAGCUCAGGCAAUGAGAGGAAAAUUAAUAAAUCCACCAGGCUGAAAACAUUCCAAUCCACAGGAACACUGGAUCAAGAUCUCUCCUCUUCUGGUUUCUUUGAUCAUUCAGAAUUUCACCCUGUCAGUGCCAAGUCUUGUGAUUCUGUCAUCUCUAUGAAUUCCUCUGGCCUACUAAAUAAAGAGGUUAUAAUUAGAAGCCAAGAGGUUUUGCCUAUUAUUCCAUCCUUAAUCAAGAGCAAGUUAGAGUCAAAGAAGCUUUCUCUAAUGAAGUUUUGUGAAAUUUCUCCACCACUUGCUUGUCGCAUGAAACAAACACCAAAAGAAAAGACUAAGGAAGAGUCAAAGCCAACGAUAUUGCAGGAUAAAUUGGAGUCAGAUUUUGAGUGUUUGAAGUGCAACACAUUUGCAGAACUCCAGAAUAGAUUAGGAAACAUAGAUGAAACAGAGUUAUUUAGCAUGGACACAGUGAUAAAAGCACCUCAAUCAACUCAAACUGAGAAGAAAUCAAUUUCAUCAGAAGAUCAAGGAUCAAGUAAAUGGGCAUCUAACAGUAUUAGACUGGGAAAUUCUCCCAAAAGAGAUGCUAUCAUUCACAACAUCAAUGAACUGCCAAAUGCUGUUGCUAAAUGCAAUUCAAAGAUUGUUCAGACAUGUCUGCCACAGUUAGAUGUUGUCAGGCAAAGUGACCAGACACUAUCUGGCCAGUUGCCCAGUAGAUCUAAGCAUCAUGCUGAAAAACUUGACAUGCCAUCGAAAGACCAAAGUAGGUCAUUGGAUGAUUCCACAAUGAAACCUGAGACACGAAUUUCUCCCAUUGGCAAGAGUUCACCAAGAUCUACAUCCUCCUCUUCUUUUUCUACAUCCUUGUCUGCCAGUUCAGGCACCCCACUUGCUGUUUCUGCAACUUUGAAUGAAGACAAUACACAUUGUACAGAACAAAAUCAACGAGAGAUGAAGGCCACCAUCACUGUGACAGUUCAGCAACCGCUAGAUCUGAAUGGAUAUGAUGAACUUGUGUACACUGUGGUUGAGGAGGUAACGAUAAAUGGGGCCUCUGAGAAUGGAAAGGCAAAAAUAUUAAGUGUUUAUGAUUCACACUCUCUCCAGGCUUUAACACCUGGAAGUCAGCCUGUCAGGAUUAUCGGCAGUGUAGGUGAAGAACAAACAGAGAGUUUUCCUAGUUCCACCUCUAAUGCACCAACUUCAGAGAUGGAAAUCUCCAUGGCUUUAUCUGAUGCAACUGUCAAUGAAAAUGCACCUGUCCAACAAACAACAAUCAAUACAUAUUAUGACAAGGUCAGCAGCAUCACUUAUUCAAAAGACCGACCACAGCCUGAUACUUGUUCAGAAGGGCCCCUAACUGAAGAUGUAAAGGAUAUCACUAAUGAAGCCAAAGUAACACUUGACCCUAGUUGUAACAAUUCAGUGCACCAUGAGGUCUCAAAGUCCAGACAGUAUGCUUGUGAAAUUCCAACCAAGCAGAACUCUUUGUGCUCAAGCAAAAAGAAAGACUUCAAGGAUGCCCCAUGUCCGCACAUGAACACAGAACACAAGAAUUCACAAAGUCCAAGAGAAACCCUUGAGUGGAAGAAAUAUAUCUCAAAACACGGACUUGUGGAAGGCACCAAUGAUAAUGCUUCAGUCCCGUCAAUCCAUACAAAUUGCCCUAAUCCAAAAAAGAAGAAUGUAGAAAAAAAAGAAUGGCCUGGAACAGCCAGAAGUGCAGUGCUAAACCAGAGGCAGCUUCUGAUUAAUGAGAAUAAGACCAACACAAAAUCUCCUCUUGAGGACAGCAGCAUGCUAUUUAAUGCAAAAUUGAAAGCAUUAUCCAGCAGAAGCCAAACUUUGGAUCUAAGCAAUAGUGUGACCUUUUUAAGCUCAACAGGAAGCUUGGAAGGUAUUUGUACCUCGCCAAGACUUAAGAGCAAAUUCCUUGAAGACAGUGGUGGCAUUGAUGUGGACUCUAAAGGCCUUUUAGAACGAGAUUAUAUGCCAGUUCAGUCAAAGAGUAUGAACUCACCUGGUUUUAAAGGAGACUUUGAGGAGGACUUUGUAAAGUGUCGAGCCAGUGGAAGUCUUGGGAGAGUUCCAAGGUUCUUCCCCAUGCAUGAUAUUGAUGCAGAUAACACAACUCGGUUAUCCAAAAUCAGUAAGUCUAAGACAACACCUGAUCAUAGGUUAAUGCCGAAUUCAAAGACCCACAAAUUUUCAGGUGCUAGUCCCAAGAAUGCAAGUUUAUCCCCCAAAUCUUCAAGACACUCGAUCAACAGGAGCUCAAGCCUUUCUUCUAAUGGAUUCUCGAACAACCAAAGUUCCUGGUCAACGCAAUCCUUAUCCCGAAGUCAGGUGAUAGGUGAUCUUUGUCCCAAGUCUUCUGGUUUAUUCCUGAAAGGAAGAGUCGAACAUUUAAGAAGUAGUAGAGACUCUCUUUCUAGUUUUAGCCAAUGUGGGUCUGAUUUAGAUGAAAGUGAGGAACUGACGAAGACGAAAUCUUUUAUUCACAGACUGCCAUCCCCAUACAGUCAGAUCACAGCUCCAAGGGAACCAUACCACUGUAGUGGCCAUGCCAGCGAUACCACCAGUGUUCUUAGUGGAGAGCUGCCUCCUGCCAUGUGUAAAACAUCUUUACUCUAUAACAGGGGCAGUAUGGUCAGUAGUGGUUAUGAAAGCAUGCUUAGAGACAGCGAAGCUACAAUCAGCAGCAGUUCAACACACAACUCCAUCAGUGAUCAUAGCUGUUCCCUUAAUGCUGCCAAAGGUGCAAGAAGUUCCAAGAAAAGAACCAACGUAGGAUCUAAUUUAAGAUGCCCAUCUAAAGACAACCUCCAGUCACUGAAGAGGUCCUUCAGUGGGCCCAAAAUGCACUGGGUGGAUCAGAGUGUUUCUGACUCUUACGAAAUUAAAGUCUAUGAGAUUGAUAAUGUAGAUGCUUUACAGAAAAGAGGUGGGACAGGUAACAAGUUGACUUAUGGCAAACAUUUGAGGUAGACUCCCUGGAGCACUUAGAGGCUUUGGAGCUGGUCACUGAACGGCUAGAGCAUCAUGUUAACCUCUGUAAAGCACAUGUAUUGAUGGUUACCUGCUUUGAUGUUACAACCAAGCGCAGACAAACAUUACAAAAUUGGCCCUCUGUAGAUCAUAAAGCGUUCAUAGGAGUAUAGCAUGCAAAAAUGGUAGAUGAUCACUUUUUACGUGUUAUGCAAUAUGUGUACAAAAGAAUGCCUAUGAUCCACCACAGAAAUCUUUACAUUAUAUGGAAGCUUCCAUUGAGGCUGAUAAAGCUAUAGGCCUACAUGAAAUCCAAUUUUCUGUAAAUCACUCUGUCGGAGACAGCUUUAAUAUUGAGAGAGGUCAAAAGAACAUAUCGGACUGCAGACUUAGGGUGCCUACACACUAGAGUUACCGCUGCAUCAAAGAACACUGCGAAUGCAUUGAUUUCAAAGGGCAUGGUGCGUUGGAAGGACGGAGAGGGAAAACGCAAAGGUUUCCGAUAGUGAAGCUCCGUCAUGUGAACAAAAGUUGAAAACAUUUCAACUUUUGUUGCUACACACUCUAGUGCAGGCAUCUGUUGACCAAUGGGAAUCUCGGAGAGGCGGGACUAGUUGCGCUGUAAAAUCGAGAAGAAGAAAAAAACGGUGGACAAACACAAACAUGCGGUGUAUUCCAUCCCUGUCCUCUAUUAUCUUUCUCUGUCAGGCUAAAAUGAUAGUAAUUGUGGAGAGAGAGCCUGGGGAAGAGUUUCAAUGUUUACUGGUACAUUGUAUUUUAAAUAGCCAUCUAUAUCCGUGACCGCCUCUUCCCUGUGUGGUACACGCCUUCCAAACGAACCUUUCUCACUCCCAUGCACCAAACGCUCUGUCUGAACAUUUUUAACCCUGGGUUAAAAUAAUCCUAGGAUAAUGUAGUCUUUGUUUCACACUGUUCAUACUCUAACCUGGGUUUGUAAUUAAUACAUGAUUUCUCACUGCACAUUAUGAUUAUGACUGAUUGUAAACCAUUUCUGCUAACAACAAAUGGAAAUGAAAAACAUUUUGUUUUGAGUCACUGUUCGAAAAGCUUAACCUUGGCUUGACACAAGGGGAAAAAAUUACAGUAAUUUAGGGUUUAGCUUACUGUGAAAAGCUCACAGAGUCAAGUUGAUCGACAAUUUUGAAGGCCUCAGUUACUAAGGUUUCAUACCCUGGCUAACCUCCACACAAACAACUUUCAGUGAGUGUUACUAUAGCCGCUUUGCCACCACCAGGCUGAACAGUUCUAAUCCGUGCCAAACUGGGUCAGUUGGUGUGGUUACAGUUUCUUUUUCCACUGUGGUGUGGUUAAAUCAGGAGAAUGUCUGUACUAUCUGUGGCCAUGUAGGCUACAAUACUAGUUAAACCAUCAUCAUAAAAUCAUGAAGAUACACUAAACAUACACUAUUGUUUAUGAACUUUUAUUAACUUCACCCAAAUAUUAGCAAACUUGGCAAACUAGAAACAACUAAAAUGGCUAUAAGUUACCUUGGCGUUGGCAAAUUGACAAUCAAGAGUCACCACAUACUAGAGCCAUUCCACCAACACAGUUGAGCACGGAUAGUUAUGGUUAGUUAACCGUGCAGAGAAUUUUGGGCCGAGAAUGGUUUAUAAUCGUGCCAUGCCGAACCGUGCUCAAGUGGAAAUGCUACUGUAACUGUUUCAAACCGUGCUCAGAACCAAUCGGCCAGAUGGUGGAAAAGUGGUUUAAAAUAGCCACAUCACCUACAAGGUGGUAAAAACACUGUAUAUAAGUAAUUUUUAACACCAUGCGUGCAUUGUGUCACCAUUGCUGUUGCUUAAAGAGAGAACCAUUUGGAAGUCGCUUAGGCUUAGCCUACACUGUUAAGGUCCUCGGCCCUUAUAUGUAUGCACUAAUAAAUACGCUGUAAUGCAUUGGACUGUUUUUAUUUAAAUUAGGUUCUAAAUGUUUUUCCUGAAAUGUUAUCAUUCACAUGUUCAAUGUCCCACUGUAAUAAUUACUUGAGAAACAUGUUUUGUUUUUUUUGUUUUUUAAAAAACAAUAUAAAACGUUAGGCCUAAUAGAUGA